AUGCAACACGAUGAGAUAAAUCAGUCAGUUUACUAUACUGCUAAUCGAAUUUAUCAACAAGAUAAUGAAAAGCAAAGUAAUGAUAAUUAUGUUGAUAAAGAGAAUGUAAAUCCUUAUUUACAAAAUUCAAAAGUGCGUAAGGGCAGAGGUCGUCUACUGGGCACUAAAAGACUCAAGUUGUCUCAUGAAGUUGUCAAGCCCAAAACAAAGCAACAAUGUCGAU